AUGCGACGCUCUGAGUCGCGAUUCCCUUCGUUUUCCCUAUCGUCAUCCAAGACUCGCCAACUGCCGCUAUAUAGCGCCUCAAGUUUCAUUCGCCAGUCUCUGUCGUCUCCGUCUGAUCACCAGUUGCCGUCGUAUGGUGCAGUCAACUCUACACGCCGUGCAGGCUACCUAAAGAGACACCCUCCACCGUAUGAGGAUCUCAUGAAAACGGUAGAUUAUCGCCAUACAGAAGAACCUCCACGAUACCGCUCAAGCUUCGCAUUGUCCGAUAUCUUCGAGGACGACGAGAUCGAAAUCGAGAUCUCGUCGAUCCUUCCGUCUUCAACACCGCGUGCAGAGAGUGUUCAUGGCCGAGCGCAUCCGCCACGAUUGUGUGCGUUCAUGCGGAAUAUACUGAGCUGGUUGAAAAUCAGAUGCCUUAGAAAACGUCUACUCGCUCCUACACCCGACGCUGCCAGCAUCAUGAUGCACGGCGUCGACUAG